AACUGGACAAGAGUCUUUGAGAAGGCUGGACCUUUGGGAUAAUAACCAUGGCCUGGAUGACUGAGAAUCUCCAUAGACGCUGGGUUACGUGAACAGGCUGAGCUCACAGAUAAAACAAGGCUGAUGGAAACCAAGCCGCCUCCGCCUGUGGUUUUCCUCAGCCCGUCCUUUAAUGCGCCUCCCUUUGAACCGGUUCAAAACCGCCCCGUGUAAAUGAAUAUUCAUAGAUCGGGCGUGAAGCUUGAGCGCUUUUACGCUUCGAGGGAGCCGACAAAUAAGUUUGCGGGCGCUUCCUCCGAUGCAAGGGAGAGAUGCGAAGCGCAGCCAGUCAGCUAGAUCCGGAAUAAUCGAGCGAUUCGCAAGGACAAGCCAGAACCCCUCCGAUCCGCUGCAGCGCAACUUCUCCGAAGCCGCCGGCACGGAAGGGACGUCAAGGGAGGAGGCGCCACGGAAAGCCGGGAGCUCCCGGCGUGGCUCUGUCUUGCUUGCCUCUUGCGAGAAGCGGAGAAUAAUAUAGGGCAGCUUGUAAGGCGAGGCCACCCACCCUUAGCGCCCUGCGCUAAGCCCGAAAGAGACGCUUUGGCUCUUUUUUGGCACCUCCCGGCUCUGCCUCCCUUAGUUGCGGUUCUCUCCUUCGGGGCUCCGCCAAGCUGGGUGGCGGAAUAGCGGCCGGGAUGGUCGGGAAGCGUAAAGGGGUCUCGCAAGUGCAGCGGUCCUGCAAAAAAAUCAAGGGAGAGGGUUCAGCCGCCGCUUCUUCCUCCUCUUCCCCGGGUCUGAAAAGUUGUGAGCAGCGAGACGAUGAUUUUGAAGAUGAAAAAGCUGAGAAGAAAACUAGGCCCAAAUUGUCAUCUGGAAAAAAGAGAGAAAAAGAGUAUGUCCCUCAGACACUUAGUAAAAAUUCCAAUCAAAAAAGUCCAAAGACCAAAGUCAAGGAGGAAAUGAAUAGAAGUAUAGAAAGCCAAGGCUUCCUUCCAAAAGAGGGGAAAUGCAGUGGUUUGCAGAAAUCUUCUUUAAAGAAAAAACCAGAUGCAAAAAAAGAAUUAAUUAUUACAAAGAGAGAAGAAGAUGAGGAAAGUGAGGAAGAGUGGGAAGAUGUGGAAGAACUUUGUGAACCUGAGAUCGAGAUGCUGAAAGAAGCUAAGGCACCAAAGCUGCCCAACACAACUGUUGAGAUAGAAAUUGAAACACCUGAACAAGCAAAGAAAAGAGAGAGAAGAGAGAAACAGCAGGCUGAGUUUGAGAUAUAUCUCCGUCGAAUGGUGAAACGCUUCAGCAAAGAAGUCCGCGAGGAUACCCAUAAGGUUCACUUAUUGUGCCUAUUGGCUAACGGUUUCCAUAGGAACACUAUCUGCCUUCAGCCAGAUCUUCAAGCGAUUGGCCUUUCUGUCAUUCCAAUUCGCUUCACCAAAGACUCCGUAGAUCGCAUCAACCGUCUGUUUCUGUCAAAUCUUGUGAAUUGGUUUUCUGCAACUUUCACUAUUAACGAUCAGCUCUCCGAGAGUGAAGAUUGGCAGGUUACCCUAGAGAGGCGCUUUGCUGUCUAUGCUGCACGAGAUGAGGCGGAACUGGUGCAGAUGUUUUUACUUAUUCUUCGAGCACUGCAUCUAAUGUGCCGACUUGUAUUGUCUUUACAACCUAUUCCUCUGAAGGAGCCAUCAGGGAAGGGAAAAUCCUCCAAGAAAAGCUCUGUUUUGGUAGCUUCUGAGACAUUGCCCAAUUCUGCCAAAAGCUCAAGACAAGGCACAAGAGCAGAUACUGCGAAGAAGCCAAGCCCCUCCAGGGCCAAAAAACAAAGAAAGAAAUCUCCAACACAAGAAGAUAUUCAGAAAGAUAUAAAAUCUGAGAAUGAUGAGAAGACCUUGAAGACGGAACAAGGGCUGGGAAGGCCUAAAAAUGACCGGCGACGGCAAGUGGCAUCAAAAGUGUCCUAUAAAGAAGAGAGUGGAGACAGUGAGGAUAAUGAUUCUGAAUUCUGUCCUACAGGGGAAAAUGAUGAUGGUAGCAUAUCUGAUGAGAAGUUUGAAAUUCCCAGAAAAAAACGGAAGUCAUCACUAGGUACCUCUAAAACAACACAAGGAACUCUGAAAACAAAAGCAGUAGUUAACAGGCAACGAUCCGUGCCUUCUGGGUCGAAAAGACCCAAGGACUCGGAGAUAAUUGGUAGUUCAGUAGACAAAACAGUCAGCCCAUGUUCUUCAAAUUCAUCCAAGAAGAAAAACAAAAUAAUUUCUAGUGAGGAAGAAGAGCAGAGGUCGGUUGUAUCGAGAGGCACGGACCAUUGGGUAGAGGUUUUUCUUCAGCGAGAAGACCGGUGGAUAUGUGUGGACUGCAUUCAUGGCAAUGUUGGACACCCUCUGGAAUGUUUCAAAUACGCCUCAAAGCCAGUGUGCUACAUCGUUGGCAUUGACAACAGUGGAUUUGUAAAAGAUGUAACACAGAGAUACGACCCAGCAUGGAUGACUGCAACGAGGAAGUAUCGUGUGGAUGCCCAGUGGUGGGAAGAUACCUUGGAGCCGUACAAAAGUUCUUUUGUGGAACGAGAUGCAAAAGAACAAAGAGAGUUUGUAGCUAAACUUCAAGAUCAGCCUUUGCCAAAAUCCGUCAGUGAAUACAAGAAUCAUCCGCUUUAUGCCUUGAAGAGGCAUCUCCUUAAGUAUGAGGCCAUAUAUCCUGAGACAGCUUCAAUUCUAGGAUAUUGCCGAGGGGAGGCUGUCUACUCCAGAGACUGUAUCCAUACCUUGCAUUCCAAGGACACCUGGUUGAAACAAGCUCGAGUGGUGAGGAUUGGGGAAGUGCCUUAUAAGAUGGUGAAAGGUUAUUCCAACCAGGCGAGAAAAGCACGAAUGGCAGAACCUGCAAAUCGGGACAAAAUGGAUUUGCCAUUGUUUGGUCUCUGGCAGACUGAGAAAUACCAGCCACCUCUGGCUGUUAAUGGAAGGGUUCCUCGGAAUGAGUUUGGGAAUGUCUAUCUCUUCCAACCCUGCAUGUUACCAAUAGGCUGUGUGCAGCUAAACCUUCCUAGCCUUCAUAGAGUGGCCCGUAAACUAGAUAUUGACUGUGUUCCAGCUGUUACAGGAUUUGAUUUUCAUGGUGGUUAUUCUCAUCCUGUCAUAGAAGGCUAUGUAAUUUGUGAAGAGUACAAAGAAGUGCUUGUUGAAGCCUGGGAGAAUGAAGAGUCAGAAAGAGAAAAGAAGGAAAAGGAGAAGCGGGAGAAGAGAGUGCUGGAUAAUUGGAAACUGCUGGUGAAAGGACUUCUGAUCAAAGAGAGAUUAAAGAAACGCUUUUCUACCAAGAAUGAGACAAAAAUCAUGAUGGAAGGGGAGUCUGGUUUCUCAUCAGAUGAUGAAGGAGGACCAAACUUAGAAACACCUGCUGAAGAUCUGGCUGUUUCUUGGCCCCAAAAUCGGCAAGCUGAGGAGCAGAGUGAGAAAGGAAAAAGAACCAAAAAGAACAAGAGAGAAAAGAAAGGAGAAGCAAAACAUUUGUUCCCGUUUGAGAAAUUGUGACAAGGAGUUUUGGGGUUGGCUUCGAUUCUUUAGAUUCCUGUCUUAGCAUAAACAAGGAAGCACUUUUAUGUUCUUCAAGUAUACAUUCACACUGAACUUUUCACGCCAGCAGGAACAGCUAAAACAACUCAGGAAACUUCCUACCAGUUUUUCUAAUAUUACAUUCCUAGAUGUAUGCAGGACUUGAAGCAGGAAAAUUGGUCUGGACUCAUUGCUGGAUGCCUACUAUAUCUUUAUAUUGGCCAAUGGCACCUACUUUUCCUAGAUUCUUGAUAGACACAUUUUCUUUAAGGUGCUCCUGAUAGGUAAAGCAAAAACACUGAUGUUGGAGCAAAGUACCUUCCAAUGCCAGAUCUUAAUACCUGUAAAUAUAUUGCUUUUCUUGGAAAUUUUGCAUUAUUUUAUUGUAAAGUCGUUAACAAGCUAGACACAUGAGCUUCCAGAAAGAGUUAUGAAAGGAACAUGUACACAUACAUGCACUCACAUGCAUGUAUAUGUACUCACAACAUACAUGUAAUAGUAAAGCUGGGCUUAAGUUAUAUAUGUAAAAAACCGUCUGGUGGGAAUAAGUGAGGGAAUUGCUAGGAAAUGUCUAUAACUAACAGCUUCUAUUCAGCUUUACAAAGGAAACCAAUAUGAACAGUAGGCUAGUGUAAUUAAUAGGUAUAUGUAAGACAUUUGAGCAGAAGAUACCUAGUUUUUAGCUGAGCUGGAUUUAUUCCUUUCCCCUUUUCCUCUUCUAUAUCAUCAAGAAAACUGAGGCUUACCUCUUAGUAUAUUGAUCAUGUGACAGAUUCCAGUUUUAGACAUUGUGAAUGGUGCAGUCUGAGUAGGGCUUAUUACAAAAAUGGCUUGCAAUCUGCCACAUGUUCAGUCAUAGUGCAAUUACUUAAUUGCCUAAUGUGCUGUUUUGAAUGUUUUACCAAUGCACACUUUUUUGUGCAAAAGAACUAUAGCAGUUUUCUUACUCAAAGCAAUUUCAGAAGUACAUUGGUUUAUAUUCUAUGAUGAUAAGCUUAAUCUAUUUGACUUGACCAGAACUAAUUUGGGCACUUUAAAUUUAUUCAGAUAAAAAAAUAUAUAUUGAAUCUUGGGUAAAAAAAUAAAAAGUAAAGUCCUGAGCAUCAGUCCUUUUCCUAAGAUUAUCAUUUGCAUAUUCAACGUUAUUAGGUUCUUAUUUCACAAGAGCAACGUAGAUCUGCUCUUGGAAAAGGAAUAUACUAGCUUCCCAGUCUCCCUACAAGCCAGCGUCUCCCUGAAAAACCUGAUUUUAAAGAUCUUUCAGAAUAUAAGGGUGGUUAGGCAGGUGCAGCUCUGGAGCAUGUUCCAAAUUGUGAAGGCCAUUACUUGGGAUCCUAUCUUGGGAUCCUGUACUGUCUUUACCUCAUAUGCAGAGGGAAUCUUAACAGGCCCAUUCAAUGUUUGAAUUAUGCUUGAUCAAGUUGUCCCAUGAUAGAGCCCAAUCCACUGCUGUGGUGGAUUUUUAUAUAAUAACCAGCACUUUUAACAUGUUCUGGAAGUUAAAAUGGCAAUAUAUUGAGUUUAUUUUAAGUUGGAGUUUUUUUCCAGUCAAUGCUAACAACUUACAGAAUUGUACAGAAGUAUAAGAACAGGAACUUUUAAAACAGCUUUAUUUUUAGUUGCUGAAGUAAUGUUUUUAAAGAUCUUAACAUUUUUAGUGUGUUUUUCCCCUCAGAACCUCCUUUUCACCUUAGAAAUAUUUUGACAGUCCCAGUAAUUGUGAAAUUUGCUCUGGAAUUACCAAUUGCUUCGGUUAUACAUUGGGUCAAGAAAGUUGAAAAGCUUUCCAAGUAUUAUCUCAUAAGCAGCAAUAUUCCUGUUAGAAGUCUGUCUCCCUUGCAAAGAAUGUCUUAAAUUAUUAGACUAGAAUGUUCUAAAUCUAGGGUAGAUCUUUUCUUAAAAAAUAAUCUGAAAAAUACAUGAAUAUUUCAGCUUAUCCUUCUUUAGUCAGGGCUCUGCCUCAAGUACUUUGUCCAGUUCUGGGUAUUACAUUUGAAAAAUUCACAAUGGAAGAGGAACAAAGACGACUUUAAAAAGAUUAGAAAUUAAGUCCCAUGAACAGACAUUGAUAAGAGGUAGAUGUUUGCAAGAUAAAAGAUUGAGGGGGGAAAAUUUAUUGCACUCUUCAAAAACUUAAAAGGAUGUCACAUAUAGAAUGGUCUUGUUCUUGAAUAUAGGAUACAGAAUAACUGAUUUUAAAUUAGGGGAAAACUGAUUCCGACUGAAUGCUAGAAAAUAGCUUCCUAGCAGUAAGAAUGUUUUAUGGAGAAAACUAACACAGAUGGCAGAUGUUUCUUUGCCAGAUGUGUUGAAACAGGCUAGACAGGUAUGUUUGGGAUACUUUGUUCUGGAUUCCUACAUUAAAUGUGUACGUGGCAGAGGUGGGUUUCAGCAGGUUCUGACCAGUUCUGGAGAACCGGUAGUAGAAAUUUUGAGUAGUUCAGAGAACCAGUAGUAAAAAUUCUGACUGGCCCGACCCCCAUCUAUUCUCUGCCUCCCAAGUCCCAGCUGAUCGGGAGGAAAUGGGGAUUUUGCAGUAACCUUCCCCUGGAUUGGGGAGGGAAUGGAGAUUUUACAGUAUCCUUCCCCUGGAGUGGGGUGGGAAUGGAGAUUUUACAGUAUCCUUCCCCUGCCACGCCCACCAAGCCAUGCCACGCCUACCAAGCCACACCCACAGAACCGGUAAUAAAAAAAUUUGAAACCCACCACUGGUACAUGGUGAUCUAAAUCAGCGGUCCCCAACCUUUCCGGCUUGGGGAGUGGGGAAAAGAGGAGAUGGAUCUGUGCGAGUGGCAGGCAUGUGCAUGUGCAGAGCUCUAUUUGUGUGAGCAGGUGUGAAUGGAGCCAGAAGUGCCAGUGCAAGCGCCUGCUGCUAAUGCAGGUGGAGCUUAUGCAUGUCCGAGCAAGCAUCCACCUCUCAUGCGGCCCAGUUCCGAACCUGGUGUGUCCCAGUGGUGGGCUGUGGCCCAGGAGUUAGAGACCCCUGAUCUAAAUGGUACC